CACUGAGCAGCAGCACAAAAACACAACGGCCGCCCUGCUGCAGCUGCGCGUGCUACAAAUACAACGCAGCACAUGGUGGUAGCGUCUGGGAGCUGCGCGCGACGACGGACAUCAUCGGGUUUUUAAACUCCUAGCUUGUUUUAGCUCUUCACGCGCUCAGGUGGGUUAAAGUUUACUUUAAGCUACAAGCUCCGACGUUAUCGCUGCACACGGAAAGCUGUGUGAGGAGACACAACUGCGACUCGGACGGGACUUUUUAGACUUGUCUCCCACGUCAAAAGAAACAUGUCGACUGGUACAAAACAAGCUAAAAGCUGCCCCAUCCCAACCCGGGUCCUCACCCUGAAGGACUGGUCACAACUGCCGGAUUGUUACAGCCAGACUCCCGGGGGGACUCUCUUCUCCACCACGCCUGGAGGUACUCGCAUCAUCUACGACAGAAAGUUUCUGCUGGAUUGCCGAAACUCCCCUCUUGCCCGGACACCCCCGUGCUGCCUGCCUCAGAUCCCUGGGGUAACGGUACCGGCCACACACCCCAUGGGGAAACUGCAGGACCUCAAAGAGGAGGCAGAAGAGGAGGAGAAGGAGAUCACAGAUGACAGCCAGUUUGAGAUGGACAUCUGAGCACCAGUAUUGCCUCCUGUGGAGAGUUAUUUGUUUAAAAAGCCUUAAGUCAUAAAUGACUAAUGCAUUACAUAUAAAGCUUUUUUUUUUUCACCUUUUUUUAUAAAAAAAAAAAAAAUAAUGCGAGGAACUGAAACGUAAAAAUAAUUAAACCAGGGUGUUUUUUUUCACUCUGUAAGGAAAGUGUUAAAACAACAAAAAGGGUAUUAAUUGUUACAUCGGGUUGAUUGGUUGUUCAACUAUUUCAUAGCAGCUGUGAGACGAGUAGGAAGUCUAAUUUGAGUUGCCUUUUUUAUCUUUUGUAAAUAAGAAACUUGUCAUGCAGCCAAUAUUUUAAGUUGAGGAAGAUUACAUUAAGACAUGUAGAAAAGGGCGUAGAACGUUUUCUGUUCCCCCAGAAACAGGGAGUGAAACUUUAAUUAUGAUGGGUAGAGGUUGGGUUCCUACUGAAAAUCAGCUCUUGCUUUGUUUUGUAUGGAGAGAGCGACGAGGUGUGAACGUUUCAAAUAAAGAUUGUGAACCGUCA